GUCAACCGGAAUCAAAUUAUCCGGCGGAAUAUGUGAAAUUUAUCGGUAGAUAGACGGAUACGACCGAGUCCGGUGAUUGUUUUUAAGAGAAAAAAGCGUUUUUUCGUGAAAAUAACGUUUUUAACGAUGAAUUUUGACGAUAUGAAAGACCUUGGUAAAUUUUAAGGUUUUUCUUGAGAAAAUCUGUUGAAUUUUUAGGUUCUGGCCCUUUUUUAGGGGGAUGGUAUCGAACAUGAGCCAUGCAUUUCCCACCGAAGAGGUGUCUCCGGUGACUCUAAACGACCACUGGUCCAGACUGGCUCGUUUGAUCCUGCUGGCUUCCAUGGCAGCAGUAGGCAGCGUUGGAAACGUUUUCAUGAUCAGCGCGGUCAUGAUUGAGGAUUAUUUAAGAAAAAGAGGCAAUACCUUCAUAGUAAACGUAGGGUUAGCAGAUCUUUUGGUAAGUGGCUUGGUAAUCCCAGCUUCUGCAGUGGUAAUCCUGGCAGGAUUGAAAGACAAUUUGACAGUGUGCAGGUUCCAAUGGUUCAUUGCAGUGUGGUGUUUCUUGGUUACAGUGCUCUCACUGGCAGCUGUGGCAUGGGAAAACUACUUUAGAUUGUGCUACUCUGUAGAUGUCUAUCAAAAACUAACAAAAAGAAAGAUAACUUUCCUUUUGCUGGGCAUCUGGGCAGCAUGCGGAUGCAUUUCUGGAAUGCAGUUUUAUUCCGAUCUGUCAUUUGAUUACUGCACUAGAAACGACCUGGGACUGAUACCUUAUCAGGCUACCGUGUCAGUGAUUUUUGUUUUCGUUCCACUAUCCAUAGCAUUGUUUUGCUAUGUGAGAACAGGAUAUCAAGUGAGAAGAUUUAGAUCCAGACCAAACUUCAAAGCGCCUGUCACAUUUAACUGGGACUAUGCCCUCACACAAACCAACAUGUACAGUUUCGUCAUAUUUCUAGUGUUCUGGGUACCGUUUGGUGUAGUACUAGCCAUUGACAACGUCAACAAAGUUUCUGGAAAGGUUUUCUAUAACCUGGCUUGGCUGGCAAUCAGCAAAUCAUGCAUUAACAGUAUAUUGUAUGGUGUACUGAACAGGCAUUUUCGCGGAGCUUACAUCAACCUAUUCCAGUACUGUUGUUGCAAGACUACAGUGUCCUUCUCCAGAAGGCAAAGACCAGAAGGUGUUAGACCGUCUGGUGAUGUGAGAGUGCAUAUCAUACCGGGCUACAACAUGUACUGUAGUCCACAAAGGGCCAACGAAGGUGGUAGAAGCAAAAGAUUUACCGACAGAUGUGCAUCAACACGGGCAAACGGCAGGGAAGUCUACGAGUUAUGAUGAGGAGAUAUGGCAACGGUUGUUGAGGCGACCAGUGACCAUGGCAGGGUCGUAUCGUACCACCCUGGUGUGUGGAUUUAAUGGUUUUAUUUAACUGACGCCGCCACUGGGCGGUAUAUAAUGGAACAAAGCUUUAAAAUCGAUGUUUAGGACGUAGAUAGAUACUCCUAUGAAUAAGACUGUCCCAUCCUGUACAAAAAACGGUGGGAUUUCCAAAAAAUAGGUUAUUUACACAUUUCCCAACAACACAUACACACAUACUAUCUUUUUUUAUAAUGUACUAUUUCGAAAACAUUCAUAAAAAUAUAUACCCUGUAUUAUGUGUUUCGUAUAUUUAUCUAGAGCUAAUACAAAAUGAAAAUGUUAUUCUAAGGAUGAAUCUAUUACAAAUUUAUUUGAUCAUACGCAGUGGCGUAGCUAGAUAUAAUCUAGUAUCUUUGUAAAAACAACAAAAGGAAUUUGGGUGAAUUGUUUAGACUUUCUUUUAUACGAUUUUCAAUGGGAAUAACUGGGAACAGUACAGCUGUCCUAGCUACGCCACUGAUAAUACAACAUAAAAAUGUACAGGGUGUAUGUACUAAAGCUUAAAAACUAAAAGCGAUUAAGAUAGAGGUUUAAAAAUAUCAAAAAAAUACAUAAAACUGUAUUUUAAGGCUGACUCAAAUGUAUAUAAAUAUAAAUUCAUUUGAUCAUAAUAUGGCAUAAGAAAAAAGUACGGGGUGUAUGUACUAAACGCUUGAAAACAAAAUCAGAUCAAGGUAGCUUGGAUUUAAAUGAAUAAAAAACACAAAAAAAUGCCUUUUUAAAAAAGCUUUAAUAAUUUUAAGAUUAAUUUAAAUUUGAACGAAUAAAGACUGAUAAUAUAUUUUAUGGAAAGAGUUACUUAUAUAAACCACGCUUAAUAAUAUUCUUAGUUUAAGAGGCUAUAAAUUAUUUUUGGACAACCCUAGCAGCUGCGUUGCCGCGUCUACGAAAAAAUCCCUAAAUUUCGCUACGAGUCCUUUAAGCAAUAACAAAGUAAAGUCGCUUAUGAAUACCGGUGAUAUUGUUGCUAUUUUUUAAUGAAAAUGUUUUAUUUUAAGCAUGUCCGUCCGCAUCAACUCUGUCUGUCCUUUUCGAUUGUUUUGAAACCAGGCUAACUUGAUCUGAUUUACUAUUACUAUUGAACAUUUCGAAAUAAAUAUAUUUGGAACAAAGAACCAAUGACAAUUUAUUUCGGCGUUGUCAAAUAUUCUACAGGGUAUGGUCACAAGUAUGAUCCAUAAGCCCUCGGUGCCUCUAUAUAAACUUAUUGUAAUUCGAGUAAA